AUGUGGGUGCCUUACGAUACCGCUCGCAGGGUAUGCAAGCAGAUGGGAGCUGGGAGACUGUUGUGGUCUGUUACACCUGGAGAAGAAGGGAAGGGUCUUUUGAGCUUGUCUAUGAGAGAUGCGAUAUCAUGGGAAGAGGGAGGUCCGGAUGGUAGGUUGUGUCAUAAUUGGUUACCUGCUAAAUCUCAUCUCCCUACAUCUGCCUACUCUCUAGACGCCUUACUCAACACUCCAUUUCCGAGCAUCUCUAUCAUUCCUGAUGAUCGUUACAUGACCACAGGCAUGGAUCCCAACCGUCGUGCGAAGCUUCUAAAUGAUGCAGUCAAAGUGGACCAGUCAUCUAUACGUGGCGAUCAAGGUCGAGCAUGGGAACUUGUUCUGAAAUGGUCUGCCAGUGCGUGGCAAGAUUUCCUUCAAUACCCAUCCAUUCCACCUUCUCCUCGCCUGAAGAAGAAAAUAGACCCAGAUCUACUCUACAACCUGCGCAACGUUCACGCCCUCUUACCUCUCCUGGCGCCCGAUUCAUCGUACACUCCGACACUUGACGACCUGUCUCACCUCCUUCAUUCAGAACAUCAGAGCUCUUCGUCCGAUUGGUCAAUAUGGGAUUCCCUCCCCUUCCCAUGGCCUUGGCGUCCAACACAGGGGGUCCGACUGACUCAACGAGAUCUUGAACGGAGAGCGAGGAUCAAUCUGGGUUUGGCGGAGGUUGCAGGGGACAUUUUGAUAGAGAGUUGGAAGAGGGAUCAAGAGAUACGACGACUUCGUUCUCUGUUCAACGAGAGAGAGAACAUAGAGAUUGUCUUCGUUCUCCAUGAGGAAGACAAACAGGAGAAAACACCGCCCCAGAUUCAAAAACAGAAACUGGUCUCAGGAGAGAAUAUGGGAGUUGUCGAGAGGGAAGAAGAGCUCUCGCGAGAGCAUGAGUUGACAAUGUUGGAAAAACAAAGAGGUUCAACACCUUCACCCACACCAAGAAGGAGCAGAAUACGUCCUCCUACACCUUCGCCCGUCCCUAGACGUCGACCGAGCUCGAAAAACGACACACGAUGGAACUCGAUAUACUUGGACAGGAUUUGA